UAAAGCUGGAUACAAGAACUUUCUGCGUAUGAGCGAGGCCAUGUUCAAUGAACUUCUUUCCAAAGUCCGGCCAAAAAUUAUCAAACAGGAUACUAACAUGCGAGAAGCUAUUUCUGUAAAACUAAAAUUACAAAUCACUUUAAGAUAUUUAGCAACGGGGGACUCAUAUUCCAGCCUUGCAUACCUACACCGAGAUCCAAAAAAUACAAUUUCCAACUUUAUGAAAAACGUUUUAGAAGAAAUAUACAGUGCCUUGCAAGAAUUUAUUAAGGUACCACAAACACAGGAAGAAUGGAAGGAAAUACAAGAUGAAUUUUAUUGGCGUCGGAAUUUUCCCCACUGCUGCGGUGCAAUUGAUGGGAAGCACGUCGUUAUUAAAAAAAUGCCAAAUUCAGGGUCCGAAUUUUAUAAUUAUAAAGGGACAUUUAGUGUGAUAUUGUUAGCGACUGUUGAUGCAAAUUAUUGUUUCCGUUAUGUUGAUGUUGAGACUAAUGGGCGAGCUAAUGACGCAGCAGUUUUUGCCAAGUCAUCAUUGAAUGAUACGUUACAAGAAAACAUUUUAGUUUCCACAAAAUGGCGAAGAAAUGCACAACUGACAAAAAAACAAAAAAUUUUUAAUUAUAGGUUAUCCAGAGCGCGCCGAAUUGUGAAAAAUACAUUCGGAAUUUUGGUGUCUCUAUUUAGAGUAUUUGAUAAGCCUAUAGCGCUAAAUAUUGAUAAGGUCAAUGAGGUUAUCAAAGCUUGUUGUGCAUUGCAUAAUUGGUUACGAACACGUUCAUCUCACAGUUACACACCCACUGACGCGUGGCAAUCUCGUUGCCAAACAAAUCAAGCGCUACAAAACGUACGACAACUCGGUAGUAAUAAUUAUUCAAGAAAUGCUGCUUCAUUGCGAGAAAGUUAUGCUGAUUACUUUAGUGCUGGUGAGUCUAGCCUUGGCAAGACAAAAUGA